AUGAGUUGCGUUAUCGCGGACAGACUGUUCUCCUCGACGACGUGUUCGUCGUCGUCGUCGUCGUCGUCUUUUCAAGCGAUAAGAUCACAACGAGGACAGAGAAAGGCGAUCGCGGGGUCGUCGUCGACGUUUUAUAAUGUAUUCAACAGCAGCAAAGGACGAGGACGAGGACGGAGAGGAGGAGAAGGCCACUCGCACACUUAUCUCUCAUCUUCUUGUCGUCAUCCUCGUCCUCAUCAUCAUCGGAUGAUGUUUUUUGAGAACACGACGCAAACACGCGUAACAACAAAUACAAUAACGACGACAACAGGAAAGAAGAAGACAAAGAAGAACAGAUCAUCGAUCAGAACGAGCGCUUUAUUCGAUCCGCUAAAGUUUGAUCCAGACCGAGUCUCCGUAUCUUUCUGCGAAGAUUCCGUCCUGAACGAUUCGCCCACUUCGUUGUUGAAACCGAGAAGAUACACUUUGACGCACAACGAUUUGACGAGACAUUUAACGCUAUCGGUCUCCAAAGAGUUUAACGAAACGCAAACGAGUAUUUGGUAUACGAAAUUGUUGAGAGACGAAGUUUUAGCGGAAUGGCGAUCGGAUGGAUUGCACGUGUUUUGUCAAGUCUCGGCGGACGGCGCGUGGUGGAUCCGAUGGGCGGCGCCGCUCAGAGCGAUUGUGUUCAGACAAAAACUUCCUUUAGUUUUGGACACUUUGCGGUACGCGGAGAGAAAUUUGUUUCAGAAACAUCCAGAGUUAUUAGAAACGCCAGUGUACGUAAACUUUAGUUCAGUAGAAUCAGCGAGAAAGAACCGCGGAGAGAGCGAUAAGGAGUAUUGGGGACUCCUUAAAGACGCCGGGGGGAAAAAUGAGUUGAGAUUGAAAGUGAAUGAAAGGAACGACGAGGUGGAUGGAUCAUCUUCGUCGUCGUCGUCGUCAGUAGCAGCAGCAGGGGCAGGAGAAGAUGACUUGGAAACUAUGCUGGAGCUUUCGCGAGCCAGAGCGGAGAAGGAAUCCGUUCCCCCUCAAUAUCAGCGGGAAGAGUUUGAGUUACCUUUGAACACUAUCAACAGCGUGAACGAGGAAGAGAAGGAAAACAUAGCGAGCAGCAAACCUCGGUGA